CAUUUUUAGCCACGGAAACGUGUUGCGUUUGAUGAAAAUAAUUUUAUUUUAUGUUCGUUCGUAGUCGAUCGUUAACCGUGUAUUAGCUCGUGUAAUCCGCUACAUAGGGUGAAAGAUCAUCGCUUCGUCAUAGACAGUGGAAGGAGUUGCCGGCGCGUGGCCAGUUUCGCUGAGCAGCUCAGUUGCAGCCAGGACCAUAAUUCGUCGCGACCUGGGGCUCUCGUCCAUCGGGGCGUUACCGUUUUAUAUGACUUUAGCAAGAUAUACAGAGAAAUCAGUACAGAGCGAGGAGAGUGGUCGGCGUGGGGCGGCAAGGACAGCGGCCGGCUGCCGUCGAGGGUGCAUGACGCUUCACACACCGAGAGAUACUGCUCGCAGAACAUCAAAAUUUUGCAGUAAUAGGCACCGCAAGCUGCUGCCGCUGCGGCAGACGUGACUGGCGCGCGCCGCGGGAGCGACCGCCCCGCCGCAUCGCCGCAUGCCCGCCCCCACAGCCCCGUGCACCCUGCCACGCCCCACAGCGCCACACGCCCAUAUGCUGCCCAAGGCAUAGACUAAAACUUAACCUGAUCCAUCGUCAAAAGCAAAAACAUCUCCGAGAUAGUUUAGUUAGAAUUUAAUUUGAGUAGCGAAUCAAUCUACAAAGAUGGGGUCCGUGAACGUGAACCGUAAUGUGGCGGAUGCGUUCUACCGGUACAAAAUGCCGCGCAUCUGCGCCAAGGUGGAGGGAAAAGGCAAUGGAAUCAAGACCGUCAUCGUUAAUAUGCCCGAGGUGGCUAAGGCACUUGGCCGUCCUGCUACUUAUCCAACCAAGUACUUCGGGUGCGAACUGGGUGCGCAGACUCAGUUCGACUACAAGAACGAGCGCUUCAUCGUCAAUGGCAGCCACGACUCGGCCAAACUUCAAGACCUGCUGGACGGGUUCAUCCGCAAGUUCGUGCUAUGCCCGGAGUGCGACAAUCCCGAAACGGAGUUGAUCGUGUCGACGAAGCGCAACACCAUCUCGCAGGGCUGCAAGGCUUGCGGCUACCACGGCCAGCUCGACUUUAACCACAAGCUCAACACCUUCAUCCUCAAGAACCCGCCUUCGGCCGAUCCCAGCAUGCAGGGGUCGUCGCUGACGGAAGGUAACCGCGGUAAGAGAUCCAAGCGCUCCGGCCCCACUUCUGCCAAUGGCAACCAUGAUGGCCAUGACAACGAUGCCAAGAAUGAGAGCGACGCGCCCAUCACGCCUAUCACGCCCACCGCACCUAACCCCAAGAGCAGCAAGAGCGGCAAGAAGCACGCGGACGACGAUGACGACGACGGCACCUGGACCGUCGACGUCUCCGAGGCCGCGGUGCGCGCGCGCAUGCAAGAUCUAACGGAAGGCGCCAAGAGCAUGACGGUGUCGGAGGACAACGAGAAGAACGAGAAGCAGCGCAUGGACUUGUUCUACGCGUACCUGAAACAGCGCUCCGCCGCCUCUGACGUCGACGGCGCCAAGGCAGCUACUGACAUUCUGCACGAAGCCGAACGACUGGAAGUGAAGUCCAAAGCGCCCCUAGUGAUCUUCGAGGUGCUGGUGCGGCCGAACUCGCUGGCGGGAGACGUGAAGAAGCACCGCGCGCUGCUGCUGCGCUUCACCCGCGGCGACGCGCGUGCGCAACGGGCCGCGCUGCACGCGCUCACGGCGCUCUGCGCGCACCACGCGCAGCUGCUGCCCAAGGUGCCCGCCAUCCUCAAGCUGCUGUACGACAUGGACAUCGUCGAGGAGAAGGCCAUCAUGGAGUGGGCGUCGAAGCCUUCCAAGAAGUACGCCAGCAAGGAAGUCACUGCCGAGGUGCGCAAGCGCGCGCAGCCCUUCCUCGAUUGGCUGCAGGAGGCGGAAGAGGACUCGUCAGACGCUGAUGGCAACGACAGCGGGGAGGAUAUCGAAAUCGAGUACGACGAUCGCGCCAAGGCGACUCCGAUGAAAGCCGCAGUGGCAGCGCCAGCCAAGCCCGCGCCGCGCGACGAGGACGACGCCGACGAUGUGGACAUCGACGCCAUCUAAUUGCCAUGGCAAUAUCAUAUUAUACAUGUUGCUACUUGAUUAUACUCCAUUCUGAAUCAAUUGAAAUUAAUGUUACCAAUUUGCCUUUUGACAUUUUUCCUACCCAGCAUUCAGUGUUACUUUGUCAACCCAUAAACAUUGCAGCCGAGAUGCGAGUCUAACCCGUGUAGGGGUGUCUUUCUGUCGCUGUCACAGUCCAACCGGACCACCACCAGUUACAUUACAUUUUAAGAAAUCUCAAUUUGCCGUGUUUUCUCAAAAACUUAACUACAGUAGAUUCGUCAUAUUGGUAGAUACGUGACCGUAACUUUAAUUAUAAAAUGUAAAAAUCAAAAUGGAGUGCAAUUAAGUAGGAAUAUAAUCCGUCAAAAAUUAUCAAAAGAUAUAACCUAUUUCAGCCUAUUUUAUUCACCAUAAUAUCGCUAGGAACAUAUUUAUUAGACUAGACUCCAAUUGUAUAACAAUUUCAUUUAUUUAUUAUUAAUCUUUGGGAGAGUUGUAUAAAUGAUAGACAAGGGCUGGACCUCUGUUUAUUUUACUGAUAAUUUACAUGCAAGUAUUUACAAAACGGUAUAGUAAAACUAAAAGCGUUUGCAUUUGUCAAUUUAAGAUAUAACAAUAUAUUAGCAUGCUGAAUUCAGACCAAACAUAAGUGGCACCUCACACCAAAUAUAUACUCUUGAAAUGCACAUUUCCUUAGCGUCUCACAAAUACGUGAAAACGUGUUAGGAUUUCUAGACUGCUACUACAUAUAAAGUGCAUACCGUACGUCGAAUGUACAUUAUGGUGCACAACAUUUGAAUGGCGGUUAUAAAGUGUAAGAACUUCUACACUUAACGGAACUUUUACACAGUUAUAAAGUGUAAGAACUUCUACACUGGUACAACAUUUGCCAGACGCAAAGUAUUCCACUUUUACGAAAUGCCAAUAAUUGGCCGCACCCUGCACUGAAAUUACAUUGUGGUGCACAACAGUUCUGUGUAAGGGUUUCCACAAUGCUACGUUUGCCAGACGCAACAUAACUACAUAAUGUUCCACAGGAGCUGAAUUCUAUGCCUCAUUUUUGUUCCUGGCAAGGUUUAAAUAGUGUACAACCUCGUACUACUGUCAACGUUAUAUUUGUGUGACGCUUGAAUAUGUUGUCUAUUAACACAUUCGUAUUUAGAUAAAGUCAUACAAUAAAUACUUCAUAAAUAAAUCUCGUGUAAUGUCGUAAAUGCACUGCAUUUGUCCGCUUGUGUGCUUACUAAAUGACCAUUCCCUGCUGAGGGAAGGUUACGUUUAAAGUUUGAAAAGUUUUAUUAUACCGAUUUGUAUGACCUCGUUAUUUCCCACAGCUAAAUGCUAGCAUAUACUAAUACUCAAGAUUCUAUUAAUUGGGAACGUGCAUUCACCUACACCAAUUCAUGGCCUCUGGACCAUAGUCUCCAAACACGGGAGGAUAAUUCGCUAGGUUCUUGCAUGUUCUUUUUGCUAGCGGUCUGCCGGUAUUCUCGCUGUGUAGGUUAUAUCCUAUAUAUUCCACUAUACCUUUCUCUUUCGCACUUCGCUUCAACGUUAGCAGAGUAGCUACAUAUUGUAUUCAUCACGUUCCUAAAAAUUUUGAUACGUUUUUUAUUCGUAUAAUUUUAUCUUCAUUAUUAUUAUUCAUAUUUGGGCAGUUUUGAAACACCUUGAUGUGGGCUAUCUUUUUGUUUAAGUUCACUGAUUGAUUAUAAAUUCUUUCUAAAGUCGUAAACUUUUUCCAUCUCCAAGAUCAAGUUUAAUGGGGGUGACUGUUUAGGAGGAAAAAGUCCUGCUACUUUCCCAAGAUCUGAAAUUAAUUUAUAACGAAACUGGGAAGUCUGAAACCUCCACUAAUGUUUCGUAUUGGUGUAUAUAAACUAACAUACAACCACACCUUUUUCUCAAGGACGCCGCGUGCGUCUCUAUUUACUGCAGUUCUUGAAUAUUACUAAUAUUUUCCCAUUUGAAAAUAUACGCUGUUACGCAUAGCGUAUAUCCGAAUUUCAUCAACUUGUUAAUCAAUCAGUGAGUUAACAAUUCGAUAAUCUGUG